CUCCAUCGCGCGACACGUCUCGGCAACGCGCAGGGCGCCAGCCAACAGCAACCCACAAUCUCGCAUCACCCACAAUCUCGCAUCACCCACAUACUCCAUCUCACCACACGUCGACACGAGAAAUGCUCCCGUGAGCUUGUCGUGACAGCUGCACCCCUGGAGCUCUCGCGGCUACUCACCCCUAGCCAUUGCUCAGAACGGUAGCAACGACAGCAGGCCCGAUUGCCGCCGCGAUCUCGCCCCUUCCAUUGACACCGAACCGCGGCCUUUCGACAUCAAGCCAUCACUCUAAACCUGUCUCGCGAUGUCGUCCUCUCAGAAUGGUCGCGCCAAUGGCGCCGCGAACGGCCACCCGACCAGUAAACGAUUUUCCAACAUCCCUUCAGCCAUCGAUGUCCCGGUACAAGGCGACCAGGAGGAUGAGGCUGUCGAAAUCGACCUCGAAGCGUUGAUGGAUGACCCUACCGAGUUGUGCACCCUUUUCGAGAACGAACGCGCGGCGCGAACAUACUGGAUGACGGUCGCUAUGGCGUACGCCAAGCAGAAAAAGGUCGACCACGCCAUUGACAUUCUCAACCGCGGCAGCAGCUCAAUGCAGGAUAACAAUCCCAAGGAGAAGCUCAGCAUUGUCACCUGCCUGUGCUGGAUGAACCUAUGGAAGAGCCGUGAGGCGCCCCGUAUCGCCAAGGGCGACGACCAGAAGACCAAGGACUACUAUAUUCAGGUUGCGACAGCCUCGCUGAACGAGGCCUCGCGGAUAAACCCGGCCUUCCCGCCGCUGUUUCUCGCGCGUGGUGUUCUGCUCCUCCUCAAGGCUUCGCUGCAAGCCCCGUCCAAGUCGUCUGGUGCUGAUGCGAUAGACCAGGACAAGGUCGAGCUACUGCGGAAUGCCAUCAAGGCUUUCGACCAGGCGAGCAAGGUCUCGCAGGGCAAGAACAUGCUGGCACUGCUCGGCAAGGCGAGAGCCAUGUUCUCGCUUGGCCAGCACCGCGAAGCGCUCGUCGCAUACCAGGAUGUUCUGAGGAGAAUGCCAGAUCUCGUUGAUCCCGAUCCGAGAAUUGGCAUUGGCUGCUGCUUUUGGCAGCUUGGGUACAAGGAUGACGCGAGAAUGGCCUGGGAGAGGUCUCUAGAGAUCAACCCCGAUUCAAAGACGUCAAACAUCCUUCUCGGAUUGUACUAUCUCGAUGCCAGUGGCAAUGUGCCAGUGAACAGCCCCGAGUUUGCUCAGCUGUACAAGAAGGCCAUGACCGAAUACACCCAGAAAUCCUUCAAGCUCGACAAGAACCAGCCUCUGACUUGCGCGACGUUUUCGGGCUACUUCCUCUCUACGCGCAACUACGCCCACGUGGAAUCACUCGCGAACAAAGCUAUCCAGUACACUGAUGUCAACGCCAUUGCUAGCGAUGGUUGGUACCUCCUCGCUCGCAAAGAGCACUCGAAUGGCAAUACAGAGCUUGCGGCAGACUACUACCGCCGUGCUGACGAGGCGCGUGGUGGUGUCGACCGUGGCUUCUUGCCUGCCAAGUUUGGACUUGCGCAGCUGUCAGUGCUGAACAAUGACCUGGGAGAGGCAAAGCUCCGGCUUGAGAAGAUUGUCCAGCCAACUGGCAAGAAGGAGCGCAACUACGAAGCCAUGAUUCUGCUUGGCGCACUGUACGCAGAGGAGGUUUCUGCGAGCCAGUUUGCGGCAACCAAAGAGGACAAGAGUGCGGAGAAGAAGAAAGCCAUCGAUAAUCUUGAGCAAGUACGCACCGCCUGGAAAGACCCGAAAAAGAACCUGUCCCCAGACGCCGCUGUUCUUCUCAAUCUCGCGCGGCUCUACGAAAACGACCAGCCGGAGAAGGCCCUACAAUGCCUCCAGCAGGUUGAACAGCUCGAGCUUGAUCAAAUUCCCGCCUCGGAACACCCUACAGAUAUACAGGACGAGACUGCGCUCCGCAAUGCGCUGCGAAGAAACUUGCCCCCUCAAUUACUCAACAAUAUCGGCUGCUUCUACUCACAGGCCGAAAAACAUGAGCAGGCGAGCGCAAUGUUUGAAGCCGCCCUCGGAUCAUGUAUUCGCAUCGGUGAGAAGGACGAUGAGAUAGAUACAGAUGCCCUGGUCACCACCAUCAGCUUCAACCUUGGCCGGAGCUACGAGGCUCAGGACCGCACCGACGAAGCCCAGGGUGUCUAUGAGAAAUUGAUUGCCAGGCAUGAUGACUACACUGAUGCGCAGGCACGCCUCGCUUACAUCAAGUUGCGCAAAAGCUCUGGCAAGGAAGGCCCCGAUGCUGUUGCCAAGCUGUACCAGGAGAACCCAUCAGAUCUGGAUGUCCGUGCCUUGUAUGGAUGGUAUCUUGGCAAGGUCAACUCCCGCAAGAGAAAUCCUAAUGUCAACGAGGACCCAGAGCUCCGCCACUACAAGCACACUCUGCAGAACUACGACAAGCAUGAUCGGUAUGCGCUUGUGGGCAUGGGCAACCUCUACCUGAUGGCGGCUCGCGAGAUGCGGCGCGAUACGGAUCAGGAGAAACAGAAGCGCUCGGCGCAGUAUACGCGUGCAGUCGAGUUUUUCGACAAGGCUCUCCAGCUGGACCCGAAGAACGCAUAUGCUGCUCAAGGUAUUGCCAUUGCUCUUGUAGAGGAUAAGAAGGACUACAAGACCGCGUUGCCGAUUUUCCUGAAGGUCAGAGAGACGGUCAAGGACCCCAAUGUCAAUGUCAAUAUCGGUCACAUCUAUGCCGAGCUCCGCCAGUUCUCCAAGGCCAUCGAGAACUACGAGCAAGCGCUUGCCAAAUCCGGCAAGGAGAACGAUUCGAGCAUCCUUGCCUGCUUGGGCCGGACGUGGCUGAAUAAGGGUCGCCACGAGAAGAGUCUAGAUGCGCACGCCACUGCGCUGGAGUAUGCUCAGAAGGCCCUUGCUGCUGCGCCUGACCAAGUCCAUUUCAAGUUCAACGUCGCUUUCGUCCAGAUUCAGCUGGUCCAGCACAUCAUCAUGCACGUGCCAGAGACACAACGCACGCUCGAGCAGCUUGAGAAGGCCUCGGACGGUCUUGAGGCUGCCAUCCUAGCGCUUGACGAGAUUGCUGGCCAGCCGCAACCCCCGUACCCCAAGGCUGAACUGGAGCAACGUGCAAGCAUGGCUCGCAACACGCAGAGAAAACAACUCGCUCGCCAGAUCGAGAGCCAGAAGGAAUAUGAGGAGAAGAACAAGGAGAAGUUGUCCGCGGCUCUCGAGCAACGGCAAGCGGAGCUCAAGAAGCGCGAUGAAGAACGACAGAAGGCCCUUGCUCUGGAGCUCGAACGCAAACAGAAGAUCGCCAAGGAGCGCGAAGAGAUUGCUGCUCGCGACCGGGAACUGGCCGAAAUCCGCCUCAAGGAGGAUCAAGAACGCGCCGCUGCCGAGAUGACGACAGACAGUGAGACAGGCGAGCAAGUAAGGCGCAAGAAGAAGACUUCCACCAAGAAGAGAGUGGCAGAGGACGGGGAGCCAGCCCCCAAGCGCCGCUCGAAGAAGUCAAAGAAGGCUGCCGCAGACGAUGGCGAUUCAGAGGACGAGACGCAGCCCAAGAAGAGGCGCAGACUCGCCGCCAAGAAGGAGAACUCGAAGUACAAAUCUGCCGAGUUGGUCGUCGACAGCAGUGACGACGAGGACUAUGAUGCUCUUGAUCGUGCGGAGAAGGCGCUCGAGCGGAGCCGUUCCGACCAGUCGGAUGCGGACGAUGCGUCUAGAGGUGGCAGUGACGACGAGGCUGACGACAAGAUGGAGGUGGACCACAGAGCCAACCAGGAUGAUGACGACGACGAGGUCGGCGGCGCUUCAGCCAAGCGAGCUCUAAAGCGGGCGCGCCGCGGCCGCGUCCUGGAUGACAGUGAUGAAGAUGAGGAUGAAGGUGGUGGUAGCCCAAGGGCUAAUGGCGGCAAGGCGGAUACGAGCAUGGUAGACGAGGAUGACGACGAGUGAAGGGGGCUGAAGUGCGGACAAGACUGAAAUGCUUGCAUCGCCUACUGAUGCUCGUUGUAAACACUACUUGGAGAUGGAGUUCUUAUCCUUUCAGCCUCUAUUUGCCACUGCUGUAUAAUUCCUCGUCGUUCAAUGCAUAUAUGGGCCGUAGCUAUUUUGAGUGUUGAGGAUGAUAGUGGUUAUGCUUGUUCAUUUCGUGGAAUGGCCUUUAUAUGUAGAAUCGUGGCUUGGACGUGCUGUUGGCGUUUUAACCUAGACGGCGCUGAAUGCUGUCAAAUCGGCGGGGG